GACGCACGCGCGAUACGGCUCACCCGGCCCGCAGCUCGACCCCCGCCCAGGCCCAGACCGCAGCAGAAUCCUCUGGCUGCCGCUCGGUGAAAAAUGGUCUCCGUGAUGGUUUCUACCAUGCUCUCUGGCCUAGUGUUUUGGCUGACAUUUGGAUGGACUCCAACAUCUGCGUAUAGCCCAAGGAGCCCUGACCGGGUCUCGGAAACAGAUAUCCAGAGGCUGCUCCAUGGCGUUAUGGAGCAGUUGGGCAUUGCCAGACCACGGGUAGAGUAUCCAGCACACCAGGCCAUGAAUCUUGUGGGCCCACAGAGCAUCGAAGGUGGAGCCCAUGAAGGUCUUCAGCACUUGGGUCCUUUUGGCAACAUCCCAAACAUUGUGGCAGAGUUGACUGGUGACAACAUUCCUAAGGACUUUAGUGAAGAUCAGGGCUACCCGGACCCUCCAAAUCCCUGUCCGGCUGGAAAAACAGUAGAUGACGGAUGUCUAGAGAACACCCCCGACACAGCAGAGUUCAGUCGAGAAUUCCAGUUGCACCAGCACCUCUUUGAUCCAGAACACGACUAUCCAGGCUUGGGCAAGUGGAACAAGAAACUCCUUUAUGAGAAGAUGAAGGGAGGACAGACACGAAGGCGGAGGAGUGUCAAUCCGUAUCUACAAGGACAGAGACUGGACAAUGUGGUCGCCAAGAAGUCGGUCCCCCAUUUUUCAGAUGAGGAUAAGGACCCAGAAUAAAGUGAAGAACCCACAUCACCCGUUAGGCCUCAGUACUGCUUAUGCGCACGUGUGAUUAGAGCCCCUGUGAAUGGCAGCAUGUUUCUAAUCUAGAUGAGUAUGGAUGAAAAGCAGCUGUAUUUUAAUACUGCAUUGUCCUUCACACUGACAGCUCUGCUCUCUACUACUUUUUUUCUUUUUAAAUGUGGAUCUGCGAUGAACAUUAAAAUUAAAGUGUAUAUAUCAACAACAGCAAAAAGCAAGACUAUGAAUGAAAUGUCCUCAGAUAUCUUGCAGUUUAAAAUGGUGUUUUGGGCUGCACUCUUUUGGCAAAGUCUGUAAAAAGCUGGCAUUUGAUUUUGAUUAUGUAGUUCACCCAGCCCUUGGGCGUUGUUACACAUCAGUAAAGAAGAUUUUACUCAAGAGGAGGAACGGACACAUUUCACUUGGCUACAUCUUAAUAAAUGUGUAUGCAAGCA